GUUAGCUUCUGUGAAGUGAAAGGUGUAAGCACAAUAUCUACCUAGUACUUAAGUCAUCUUGAAUGGAUCGAACAUAUAUAGAGAAUAUUUCUUCAUUAUAUUCCCCAAGUAGCUCACACCCAUAGAUUUAAGACAACAAAGACAACAACAGCAGUCACACAGGAAACCAUGACACUCCAGCUGCCGUCUGUCCCGGAAGAGGUCACAGCCUCUUGGCUUGCCGAGGUGCUCGACGUCAAGAUCAAGUCGAUCUCGAUCGAGAAAAUUAUUCUCGGCACCGCCAACAAAAUCUACAUCUCCGUCGAAUACGAAGGUGAAGCCAAUGAUGCGACAACAAGACCCCCAAAGCACCUCUGCCUUAAGGGCGGAUUUAACCCCGCCAUGAUUGAGCAGGUGCCGUGGAUCGUGAUGAUUUAUCAGCGCGAGGUCGAGUUCUUCAACCGCGUGGCGCCGUCCCUAGACCACAUGGAAAUCCCUAAGGCGUGGUGGGCCGGGCUUAACGAUAAGCAAGGCAUCUUAGUCAUGGACAACCUCGCAGCCCGCGGCUGCACCUUCGGUACCCCCACGGAACCGUGGCCCGUCUCACGGGUCUUGGCGGGUGUUGAGCAGCUUGCAGCACUGCACUCCAAGACAUGGGGCAUGAAGCCGGAGGACUACCCCUGGCUCAAGUCCGACUACGACCAGGCUAUUCUUUCUCUACUGAAGACGUUCGACGCGGUCGUGAAUAGCCCCGGCCGGCCAGAGUUCCACGACUACUUGAAGAACGAGGAGCGCAUGACCGCUGUCAUGAAGAAGCACUACGCCUCGCGAAACCCAAAGUUCCGCUGUCUCUUGCAUGGCGACGCCCACAUAGGCAACACAUACAUCGACAAUGGCUCGCCGCGAUUCCUCGACUGGCAGGUAAUCCAUAUCGGAUCCUGCUUCCACGAUACCAGCUACUUCAUCGGCGGUUCCUUAAGCGUCGAGGACAGGAGAGCCCACGAAUGGGAGAUUCUCGACCACUACUUUGCGACGCUGAAAAAGCUGGGGGGGCCAAGUCUCACUCGAUAUGAUGAGGGUGUUCUGGAGGAGUAUCGCAAGUCAUUCCUUGCGGGUGUUGGCUGGCUCAUGUGCCCCUAUGAGAUGCAGCCCAAGGAGUGCGUGUUUGCUAUGGCCGAGCGCUUUGCGGCAGCUCUAGACGACCAUAAAACAUUGGAGUUGGUGGAAUCGCUUCCCUGAAUGUAACGCAUCAAGGCCCAGCCGCGAUAAUUAUGAGUAGCGCAUGAUAUCCUGAGGAGGAGGUACUGAUCUUCAUUUACAAUAGCAUAUCCCCAAGAGCGAUAGUGGUAAUUACCUAGAUAGAUUCUGAAUCAUGCAUUACUUCUACUACGUUGAUGUGUUAGUCUAUGUUGCAGCUACUGCUGUAACCAAGAAGAGGAGGAAAGGAAGAAAGCUUGCUUGAUUCCUAACUACAGUGGCGGAGUGCCAACAUAUGGCUCUAGUGGAGCCUAUGGUGCCUGAGGCACCUGCAACAGUCUAGAU